GGCUCCGUGCUCCGCCAUUGAAGGGACCCGUGAUCGGUGGAAAGGGUCAGAAGCGCUUCGGUAGGCAACGCUAUCUUCGGUCUGACAAUUUGAAGUUUAAGCGUGAGCUCGUUUUUUUAAACACACAGCUCAGCCUAAAGUCACAUCUCUCUGUGGACGGUCUCAAUUCACGGCGACCCGCGUAAGGUCCGAGGGAGCGCGUUAUACCGCGUUCCGUAACGUAACGGACCUGCACAGCCCUUCAGCUAUCAGACCGAAGCUAGGCUAGGCUAGGCUAGCCGGCUACCUGGCUAGCUUCACACGAGCUGAGCCUUCGCUCGGGGUGCUGUGCGCCCGCAGUGCCGUUUGAUGGAUCCGCGGAUCGCCUGGUUGCAGCCAGAACAACGUGGACCCGCCAACAACCUGUGGAUGCAGAUCUGGGAGACAACACAAGGCCUGGGCUACCUGCAUGUGAACAGCAACUACACCGCGGCUCCCCCUGCCACGCCGAGCCUGAAGGCGAACAUCAACGCGGCGGCGGCGACGCCGGGCGACGCGCUCAUCACCGGCAGACACGGGACUGUCACCUCCAGCAGCAGCAUCAGCAGCGGCCGGGAGGUCGGGAGUCAGGCGAGGAUGUCUCACCCGAUGAAGGACGGGGACAUCUUGAAACAGAGGGACUUUAUUCCGCUGGAGUCCAACAACAACCAGAAUAAUCGCGCCUCGGGGAGGGCAGGUGUCGUCGGGGGAGCGGGCCAACCGGGCACCGGGGGGGUCGCUCUGGGUGCAGGACACACCAACAAAAGGAAAAGGGACAAUAAGGCCAGCACGUAUGGAUUCAAUAGCAGCCUUUUGCACGCGGACGGCCCGGAGGUGUCACCCCCGGUGUCCACCGCAUACACCGGGACUCCCUGGAAAGACAGGAACUACUCUGAAGGAAUCAUCGGGCUCCACGAGGAGAUCAAGGACUUCUACGAGUACAUCUCCCCACGACCGGAGGAAGAGAAGAUGAGGCUGGAGGUGGUGGACCGCAUCAAGGACGUCAUCCACGACCUGUGGCCCAGUGCAGAGGUCCAAGUGUUUGGGAGCUUCAGCACCGGUCUCUAUCUGCCAACGAGUGACAUCGACCUGGUGGUCUUCGGGAAGUGGGGGUCCCUGCCCCUGCGGACCCUGGAGGACGCCCUGCGCAGGUGCAACGUAGCGGACGAGAACUCCAUCAAAGUGCUGGACAAGGCCACGGUCCCCAUCAUUAAACUGACGGACUCCUUGACCGAAGUCAAGGUAGACAUCAGCUUCAACGUGCGCAGUGGGGUGAAAGCAGCCCAGCUCAUAAAGGAAUACAAAGAGAAGUUCCCUGCCCUGCCUUACCUGGUGCUGGUGCUGAAGCAGUUCCUGCUGCAGAGGGAUCUGAACGAGGUCUUCACCGGCGGGAUCGGCUCCUACAGCGUGUUCCUCAUGGCGGUCAGCUUCCUGCAGCUCCACUACCGCGAGGACGUCCGGAGUCCCAACACCAACAUCGGGGUCCUGCUCAUCGAGUUCUUCGAGCUCUAUGGCCGCAACUUCAACUACCUGAAGACGGGCAUCCGGAUCAAAGACGGCGGCUGCUACGUGGCCAAAGACGAGAUGCACAAGAACAUGAUGGACAGCUACCGGCCCUCCAUGCUGUACAUCGAGGACCCCCUGCAGCCAGACAAUGACGUGGGCCGGAGCUCGUACGGAGCCAUGCAGGUGAAGCAGGCCUUCGACUACGCCUACGUGGUCCUCAGCCACGCCAUGUCGCCCAUCGCCAAGUACUACCCCAACAACGAGUCGGAAAGCAUCCUGGGACGGAUCAUCCGAGUGACCCAGGAGGUGGACGACUACAGGGACUGGAUCAGUAAACAGUGGGGCCGUCCGCCCCAGAGUGAACCCGCCAACAACCGAAACGAUGUCAUGCUGCUGGUGGAGCCCCAGCGGCUGGACGAGUGCAACAACAACGUCACAGAGGAGGAAGAGGAGGAGGAGGAGGAGGUGGUGGAGCUGCAGGACACGCCCGGCAGCAAGAGCUCCUCCAGCUCCUCGUCCCCGGCGCCCUCCAUGUGCUCCUCGCCGCUCUGCAUCUCCUCGUCCUCGUCCACCGUGUCCAGCGACGCGGACUCGGACGGCACCCCGUGUAAAACGGCCAAGCAGCAGCAGCAGCAGCAGCAGCAGUCCGGCCGCGGGUCCAAAGCCCACCGGGACUCAACGCCCAGCGUGGCCAGCAGCCGGACACAGGGCCACUCUGCCUGCACUCCCACCGGGGGCGGCAAGGGGGGCAAGACCCGGCCGUCCCGCUCCCAUAAGGCCGACCAGCAGAGCUCGUCCUCAGGGGGGAAGAGCCAUCAGGGCAACAAGCCACACCACCAGGGCAACGGCAAGAAGAGGAAAAAUGUGAGGGAGUCCACCCAGGAGGACCCUUGCAGAUAGUGGGUGGCCGCGGCGUGCCCGUGCUCCCCCCUCUGCUAAGGACCCCAGGGACGGGACUCGUCCUACUUCUGCUGCCAGACUCCAGCCUUGGGAGGUUCUUGGUGUAGAAUCUCUGUCUUACACUCAAGAUUUUUUUGCCGGGCACACGCAAGCGUUUUAUAGCAGGAACAAAAAAAAGAACAAAAAAAUAAAUAAUUAUAGGAAAUGGGGCUUCGGUUCUUGGACCCGGAUUGAAUCAUGAAGGAUAUUUGCGUGUUAGCCGCUGUCGUCAGGCUUCUCGUGGAGGGGUUUCUACCCCGCAGGCGGCGCUCACUGGAACUGUCUUAUUGCCCCCUUGUGUACGGGAGGACAAAUGGCAGGUGUCGAGGGUCUGCCAUGGAGUACAAAGCCUGGGGCUGGAGGCAACACCGCUUCUCAGCGAGAACGAUACAUUUACAAAUUGAUGGAAAAGACUAAAAAUGUUGAAGAACGGGAGGAAACCCAAACAAAAAAAAUGUACACUGAUUUCCUUUUUUUAUGGUGACCCUUAAAAAAUGCAAUCCAUUACGAGUGAGGAAAUAACUUAUGCAUGACAGUUCUCUUUUGCUGGUGGUUGGUCUGUUUUUUGUUAUGUCUCGACAGAUUAUACAGAGAUUUUUACAAAAAAAAUACAUAAAAAGGUUAAAAAUGCCAUUGCAAAAAAAAACGGACAAAACCAAAAAAACAAUCAUAAAUUGUUUCCUAUUCUCUUUUUACCAGAUAUAACAGUUUGAGACGUGUAGACGUGUACUUUCCCCUCCUAGCUGUUCUUUAUGGGAGGCCAAGGAGCUGGGUUCUGGGACUCAUUGCCAACAUACAUCAUCAGCAUCAGUCUACUCACUCCGAGCACGGUGGCGCUAGCGGUUAGCCUACUGAACACCUACUGAAUACAUGUCACUACGGAUGGCUGGAUGGAGAUUAAUCCUGUGUACCGAUAGCACAGCCGUGCUAGUUAAGAGCCUAGAGUAUAGGUAUAAAUUAGUAAGGGGGUGACGAUGGUUUUUAUGGCAAAAAUCAAAUCCUACACUUGAAGAAAAGAAAACCCACUCUUGUUAGCAAUCAAUCUGUGGGAGGUAAUUCGUUGGCUUAGUGAUUUACCUUCUACAAAAAUCAUUUUAUUUCUUAAAUUUAUUUAUUUUUUUAUUAUAUGGACAUAGUAUGGAUAAGAUGUGUAUUAACUUUGGAGCCUGUAUCUUUUGUGUCCUUAUGUUUAGCUAGGAAGAGAUAUUGGGGGGGGAAAUACAAUUUAUCAGGUACAGUUAAAAUGUCACGGUUAUGUCAUUUCAUUGCCUUUUUUUCUUUCGGUAAUAGUUGAGUGACCAAGUUACCUAGAAAUUAUAUGAGACCAUUUUUGCAAGUCGGAAAGUGUAAUGUGUUACAUGGCUGGGGUGUUAAAUUCAAAGGGAGUUUCGAUUAUAAUUUUUUUGUUUUGUUUUGUUUAUUGAAAUUAAUCCCGCCUUGGGGGACCCCCUGAUGUUUUGCAGUUCUGCAAGUAACCUGUAGAUGGGGUUAUCGCUCAAGUCUUAUCCUUACAGAGUUGGCGCUCGUAUACUGCAUUUGGACGGCCCCCCACCUAUGGGUGACUUGAAGGAAUAGCCCACUAUCAAUUGAAAACCAUAUGUAGAACACCCGGUCAGUGACAUGCUUGCAUUGGGAAAUAUCGAAUAAGCACACGGCAGCCGCUUGGAUGUUUUUUUCCAACACCAAACGCAACAGCUCUCUACCACACACAGAUUACCAGCAAUAACAUUUCUGCAGUCACUUGACCCUCAACACUAUUUAACGUCCGCCACAACCCAUGAUGAUAUUAAAAGAGCACGGCCCUUGCAGAAACACAACCGCUACAGUUUGAAUCACAACUCCAAACAUUUUACGCGUUUUUUGAUAGGACGACUCUUGUCCAAGUGAAUAAAUCUACGUGUUUGAUGUUGAACCAUUCAUUGAUGUCGCCCGUCGCAUUUCCAGACGCCUUCUCCAAAUGCAGUAUAUAAGUGCUUGUCUGAAAACGGCGGACAACAGAAUGUAAACGUGUCAGUAGUGCCAUCGGAAUAAUGUCCAUCGACCCUCCUCACUGCAGGUUCUUCUCACUAAACUGUGCUCAUCCCAAACGUCAUUUCUCUGCAGCUAUUACAGUACAUGCAAUAAAAACCACAGUACAACUAAACAG